CAAGUGGGGAAGAAGCAGGUGUCAAUAUCCCUCCUACCCCUCCUGAAAAGGCUUCAAGCCCACGGGACAGUGAAACCCCCUUUCUCUGCGGUGCUUGCAGCCGGAAUCUCAUUCCUCCCUUUGUUGGGCACCAGAUCCGCACAGGCAGCUUGGGAGGCCUUCUGAGCAGAGCAACAGAAAUUAUCUGUCAGAGGGUGGAGCCGUGUUAGUCUGAAUCUGCAAAAGCAGCGAGGAGUCCUGCGGCACCUUGUAGACUAACUGAAGUGUAGGAGCAUAAGCUUUCGUGGGCAAAGACCCACUUCGUCAGAUGCAGAAAUUAUCUGGAAAGCCUGACAUGAGGAAGCAUUUAAAGGAGCAGAACAGCAAAGCCUGGCUAGUGGGAGAGGUCGUUAGAGAAGAGUCAAGAAAUAUUGACUGGUGUAAGCUUCAGUGAAGUAGAGAGAUUAUAUACAGUUUUUGAUGUCUGGAGUCAUUUUCUAUCAAGAUGAGCUUCCUGCUGCCCAGUCUAACCAGUAAAAAGGAAGUGGAUCAGGCAAUAAAAAAUGUAGCUGAGAAAGUUUUGGUUCUUCGAUUCGGGAAAAAUGAUGAUCCUGUUUGCCUGCAACUGGAUGAUAUUCUUGCAAAGACAUCUCAUGACCUAAGUAAAAUGGCAGCCAUUUACUUGGUGGAUGUGAACAAGGUGCCAGUGUACACCCAGUAUUUUGACAUCAGUUAUAUUCCAUCAACUGUCUUUUUCUUCAAUGGACAACACAUGAAAGUGGAUUAUGGGUCUCCAGAUCACACUAAAUUUGUGGGAAGCUUUAAAACAAAGCAAGACUUCAUAGAUUUGAUUGAAGUGCUUUACCGUGGAGCAAUGCGUGGAAAGCUCAUAGUACGAAGUCCUAUUGAUCCCAAGAAUGUUCCCAAAUACGACCUUCUCUACCAAGGAAUUUAAAAUAUUGAUUUGAUAUGAGCAAAACUAGUGAAUUCAUCUUUAAGAUCAUAUUGGUCAUCCUUAGAAGACAGACAUUUUGUCAUGUUCUUGUAAAUAGAACAUUUAUUUGUAUUCAACACAAGUGAUUUUUGAAAUGCACAGUAUACCUGAUGGUUAUAAUAUGGUGCUUUCCAAGUGGCAUUGGUGACUGAACAAAUUACAUUAAAGCAUGGAUGUGUUCUG